ACGAGAGAUAGUCCCUCGAGGCUCAGCCAUUAGCCGAGUCUUACACACGUUCACCAUAUUGACACUAAUUAGCAGGUGGGCCAACUCAUAAAUAUCACCCUUUAAUGCAAAUGGUCUUUCUUUGUGAUUAUUUUGGCAUAGUCCCGUCCACAAAAUGGCCUUUUCUCUGAGAAACGAGCCCCGCAGGCCCGACAGCCCCGACUCUGACUCUCCGGCCUUGUCGACGUGCAGCAACGCGGACGUCUUCCGCAGGAUGAACAACAUGCUGGGCAACGCUCUGGAUCUGACCGGCGUGUGCACUACUCCUAACAACAACAACAAGGGCAAGGCAGACUUCAUAUGUGAGUCUGACCCGAUUGCGGUGGGCACCAGGAGAAUGCUCUUCGCCAACUGCGGUGGCAUGCCUGGCUCCCAGGACAUGCCAUCCUCCCGUGUCCCGCAGAGCGUGGCAGACCUGGGCCUGGGCCUCAGGUCUCUCCGUUUGUCUUCGUCUGGCUGGGACAAAGCUUGGAGCAACCCAGAGUCUGAGUCAUUCUCCUCUCCCUCCCAGGUUCAGAUGAACUCUCCCUCAAUGCUGAGUAUCCUGAACAGUCCUUUUGGCAGUGUCCUUGGAAAGCCACCAGCUUACAUGCCCACUGAGUCCAUGAGUAUGACUGCUGACUUCCUGGAGAAGUUCCCCGGCAUGGCUCGUAUGUCUAACCGGUUGGACUCGAGCUCCUUUUUGGACUCUCGCUCAAGCAGCCCUGAGGACUCAGAGACAAGUGGCUUCAGCUCUGGCUCUGACCACCUCUGUGAUAUGUUGUCCACUUUGCGGAUUUCACCUCCCCUGCCUUACCUUACAUCAAACAUGCAGAAGGAUCUGCUGCGACUGGGUUCCCGUCUGGACCCCCAAGACUCUAGCUCUCCUCUCAGCCCGCCAUCCAGCGCCAGCCCAGCCUCCUCCGCGCUUUCUCGCCGCUGGCGCACCGGCUCUCCGUGGCCCGGCGCAGACAUUCUGGAUCCGUCAGAUGAAGCCUUUAGCAUUGAGAGGGAGGCACGCCUGCAUAGACAGGCAGCAGCUGUGAAUGAAGCAACCUUCACCUGGAGUGGUCAACUGCCUCCCAGAAACAACAAGGAUCCGCUCUACUCUUGCAAAGUUUUUCUUGGUGGCGUGCCUUGGGACAUCACAGAAGCUGGACUCGUCAACACCUUCAGUGGCUAUGGGCCUCUGUCGGUGGAAUGGCCUGGUAAGGAUGGAAAGCACCCUCGCUGUCCUCCCAAAGGUAAUGUCGCCAAAGGCUAUGUCUACCUGGUAUUUGAAAAUGAGAAAUCUGUGCGGGCCUUGCUCCAUGCCUGCUCUCAGGACCCCUUCAACCCAGAGGAUAACAGGGAGUACUACUUCAAAAUGUCCAGUCGCCGAAUGCGUUGCAAGGAUGUGCAGGUUAUCCCUUGGGUCAUUUCUGACAGCAACUACGUGCGCUUCCCUGCACAACGUUUGGACCCCAGCAAGACUGUGUUUGUGGGAGCACUGCAUGGCAUGCUCAAUGCUGAAGCGCUGGCCAGCAUUAUGAAUGAUUUGUUUGGAGGAGUCAUGUAUGCAGGCAUCGACACAGACAAACACAAAUAUCCCAUAGGCUCUGGCCGUGUGACUUUUAACAAUCAGAGAAGUUACCUUAAGGCGGUGUGCGCAGCAUUUGUGGAGAUCAAAAGUCCCAAGUUUACCAAGAAGGUCCAGAUCGACCCUUACCUGGAAGAUUCCAUGUGUCAGGUUUGCCUCCGCCAAGCUGGGCCUUUCUUCUGCAGAGACCAGGCGUGCUUCAAGUACUACUGCCGCUCGUGCUGGCACUGGCAGCAUUCCAUGGACAUCCUGAGCAACCACCGGCCCCUCAUGCGCAACCAGAAGAACAGGGAGUCCAGCUAGGAAGGGCCCGGAGCGAGACGCCCUACAUGGGGCCGGGCCGCAGAGCACGUGCCGGGCGUCCGUCCUCUCGUCAGCGGGAUGGUGCGCGGCACUCCACCAGGCACUGGGGAUAUAUAUAGGAAAUGUUCACUUUUUUGCACUUGCUCUGUUUUUGCUGUUCACACUUGUGGCACUAUGCACUGUGACCUUGUUGGGGGUGAGGGCCCGUUCACUUAUCCAGCAUUUUCUCAUGCCUGAGUCAACUGAAGGUUACGAAAUGGAGGAAAAUGCCCCCCCCCCUUUUUUUUUGUUUUUCUUUUCCUUGGUUUAAAUGUUGCAUAGUGAAGAGCAGUCACGCAAGUCUCAUUGCCGUUCAUUGGCAAAUGCCAUACAGUGCCUUUAAAUUUUUAGUUUUCCCCCUAGUUGGCGUGUUUUUUCCAGUGCCGGCCAACUGGCGUUUCUUACUUUGGGAGUUGAACGUUGGGCUUCAUUUAACCAGUCGCAUUUCAGACUUUUACGCAGUUUUUUACUAAUUUGUACACGCAACGGUUUUAAGUCGUGACAUAAAAAAUUUGAACAGAAUUCUACCUGCUGACUGUUUUGGAGAAAACCAUUUUUAUUUUUUUCCCCUCGUCAAUUUUUUCUGCCCGCUUUUUUAAUUUGCCCUGCCAGAUUUCAACAUGAUGAGCACAGUUCGGAAGUCCCGCCUAACUUGCUUUGUCGCAGUUGUACUCCCGUAGUGCGGAAUACCGCUUCGACCGGUCAUCCAUAGACUGGAUCUCGAGUUAAUGUUUUUUUGUUUGCACUUUUUUAAUUUGCACUUGUGGAGAGGUGGCAGCGGUUUUAAUCACAUUAGUACAUCGGCGGGAGGAGGCGGGCGGUGGCUGUGUCGGAGCCGCUUACUUCCUGUCGAAUGUAAGAACUUCCACGUCGCGGGUCAAAUAGUCCACCCAGACCUAGAGUAGACUUCCCAACACACACUUUGCGAGCCUAGUUUGCCUUCCUGUUACAGAUGGACGUGAUUGCAUAAGCUGUGUGCCAAAGUCUGUCGUUCCGCUCGCUAUUCAGUUCCAUUCACCCAGCUGCUUUUUACAGUUUGCAAAGUCUACCUCAUUGUGGUCUGCCAAGUUUGCUGCUUACAGUUGUGGAGUAUGUUCAGAUUGGGCACAAUAAAGGUGUUUAAGCAUUCAGCUGUGC